AUGGAUGAGGUAACAGCAAAAAGGAAGAGGAGCGCUGCCAAGGGGAGAUUUCAUAGAAUCUGCCGCAGAUUUAAUGAAUCGUUACACGAAGCGCCUCCCAUUCCUGUGUUACGGGAAAUUGUAAAGGACUUGGAGAUGUCAUACAAUGAGCUUGAUGCACGCACGACAGACUUCUUAGAGCUACUUGACGAUGAAAUUGAUUCGGACAGAAUAAAGGAGCUCCAGAGUGAUAUGGAUUCAAUAUACAAGGAGCUUUGUGAUAUCAAGUCAAUGCUGUCUAAAAAAACGGAAGAAAAACAAGUUGAAACUAAAAAACUCGUCACCCAGACUAUGAAAGUUAAGAAACUUGAUACUCCUGAAUUCUCUGGAAAGAUACGUGACUAUCCUAGUUUUAAAAGAGACUAUGAAAGACAUAUGGUUCCGUCGUAUGGGGAAGAUCCGUUUGCACUGAAGAAAUGUUUGAGUGGUGUAGCCUUGUCUUGUGUCAAGGGUGUGGAUGAUGACUUUAGAGAGAUGUUCCGUCGUUUAGAUAUCAAAUAUGGCAGACCCGAAAAGUUAUCUGACGCAGUACUUUGUGAAUUGAAAACUUUGAAAACAGUCAAGGAAGGGGACCAUAGAGGAUUAGUGUCGCUGAUAGAGGUAGUGGAAAACUGCUGGCUAGACUUGAAGAAGACAGGCCUAGAAGGAGAAAUGGGGACUUCGACCAUGAUAAGUCAGAUUGAACGUCUUCUCCCUGGUGUUCAGAAAAGAGAAUGGGCCUUAAAAAAACAGCGUUCCAGUGUGAAUUCACCCGGAAGUACAUUUAAGACAUUCCUCAACUUCUUAUUGGAGGAAAAGCAGGCUAUUGAAUACAUAAAUGAUGACAUGAGAGAGACAGAAAACAGAUAUCAGCAGGGCAAAGUUCAUUCUUCUUCUGCAGAUGAGACCCAGUCUGGUGACACGCAACCUACCAUGCAAGAUCAACUUGAUCGCCAAGGACAAAUGCUAGAACAAGUUGUGCAGGGAUUGGCUCAAGUGGCCCAGGUAUUGGCAGAUAGUAAAGGUCGGGAUCAUCAAAGAAAAGCAAACAUUCAAAAAGCCUGUUGGUUUCAUGGAACUGACAAUCACACAAUCGAGAUGUGCACUGGAUUUGGUCAGUUGCAACCUAAGGAAAAGUUGGAUUGUACCCGUAGAAAUGGAGGAUGUUUCGGUUGUUUGAGACAAGGUCACAUCUCUAGUCGGUGUCUUAACCAUAAUACCUGUGGAGUCGAAGGAUGUACUCAGAGCCAUCAUCCUCUCCUUCAUCAGUCAUUUAUUCCUGUCAGCGGCAUGUCGUGUCACAAUGCUGCUAACUCUGUGAAUAAAGGCAAUGCUAGUAAAGGAAACACAUUAUUAAUGGUUAGCCGUGUAACAUCCAACAAUGCGCUAAUGACCGUGCUAUGGGAUCCAGGAGCGAACAUGUCUCUAAUUACGCAUGCCUCUGCUCGCCGAUUGGGAUUGAGUGGAAAGAAAAUAACACUAUCUAUUACCAAAGUCGGCAAUGUAACGGAUGUAAUACCCAGUAAGGAAUACACUGUGCCACUCGUCGAUACCAAAGGUCGUGUUUGUACAAUCCAGGCAUACGGAAUGGACGAAGUGACUGCUGACGUUGGGGACGUUGAUGUAUCAAAUGUAGUGCCGUUGUUUCAUGAUAUAAACAUUGAUGAUGUCAAGAGGCCUACCGGUAAAGUCGAUCUCCUCAUAGGAACUGACUGCUGUUCCCUGCUACCAGAAAAGAUCCAGGAAGUAGGAAGCCUUCAGUUGAUGAGAAACCAGUUUGGGUACUGUCUCAGAGGGAAGCAUGAUCUCCUUUCUUCAGCUGGGAAAAUUUGCAACCUUGUAUACAUUCUCUUCGCAUCUGGAUGUGGAUCAUAUCAGAACAGAGAUGAACUUUUGUUGAAAAACGAUCAAUGUGUCUCGAAGGAUCUCGUACAAUUCUUUGACAUAGAAAGUCUGGGAACUCAAUGUACACCUAAAUGUGGAGGAUGCAAGUGUGGGAAAUGUCCGCCGGGAGGGAAGGACUAUACCAUCCAGGAAGAAAGGGAGAUGAACCUGAUCCAGAGGGGAUUGAACUACAAUUCUGAAGAAAAACGGUGGACAGCCUCAUAUCCAUGGAUAAGGGAUCCAGGUGUACUACCCAACAAUUUCGUCGCAGCGAAGGCAAGAAUGGUGUCUACAGAACGAAGGCUGCUUAGGAUCCAGACUAUGCCAAGUUAUAUCACGACCAGAUAA